AUGUCCUCCGCAACGCCCUCCGCAACCCAAGCACCGCCUCCGGGCCCGCCCGCCACAACACCUCUCCCAUCCCGUCCCAAAUCUCCGGAGCAGAAGGCCAUAAGCCCCGCCGGCCCCGCCGGUGCUGCUGCCGAUCGCCAUCGCCCCUCCGACCCCAAGUUCGAUCUGCCCAAGUUGCGACUCGAGAUCCGAGAUCUUAACCACCCAGCCGCGGCUCACUUUCUCUCCGCCGUGAACGCCAGCACCGCCUUGGCCACCGCUGUCCACUCUGUGCUCAACCUGCUCUACGAGUCCCCCUCAAACCCGACCACUCAUGCCCCGCCCACCCGCUCCGUCACCCUGAUCCUCCGCGACAUGGGCGGCGUUGCCUACACCACAGGCUCCGACCUCGAUGACGACCACAAGGAAAUCCACUUCUCCAUGUCCUAUAUUGCCGGCAUCCCCUCCGAACGCCGCACUGAUGAGAUCAUGGGUGUCCUCACACAUGAGAUGGUUCACUGCUUCCAAUGGAACGCCCAUGGGACCUGUCCCGGCGGCCUCAUUGAGGGCAUCGCUGACUGGGUCCGUCUCAACAGCAAACUCAGCCCGCCCCACUGGAAGAGAGAGUCUAGCGGUAACUGGGAUGGCGGCUACCAGCACACGGCCUACUUCCUGGACUACCUUGAGGGUCGAUUCGGCGCUGGAACCGUGCAAAAGUUGAACGAGAAGCUCCGCAAUCAAAGAUACCGGGAGAAGGAGUUCUGGACCGAGUCUCUUGGUCGACCGGUAGAGCAGCUGUGGAAGGAUUACGCAGAGAAGCUGAAGGAUGAGGAAACUGUGCUUAUCAAUAAGGACGACAUUUCCGAUGAUGACAUUAGGCUCGGCAGAAUCAGAGCGGCCGAUGAAGCCAUCGCAGAGUGA